AUGAAAGCAAACACUUCAUCUAUGAAUGGAGAAAAAACACAAAAAUCAAUACCCAAUAGUGAUGAAUCCUCAACAAGACGCAGAAAACGUUCAAGACAUUCGAGCGACUCUUUAGUCUCCGGCAGUAACACUGUUGAGGAAAGAACGGACUUCAAGAGGCCAAAGGGUUUGUUAGGCGGUCCUUCUGUACGGAAAGGUGCGCCUGAAGAACCAGAAGACGUACCUUCUAUUGAGCUUGAAGAUAUAUCCACUGAAGUCGAAGCGCGGCUAAAGCUCAGGGAGAAAACUCGGCGGAAGAAGCGAGAGAAAAAUCGGAAGAGAAAGAGGGAGAGCAUUGAAUCGGCAGGUGGUGGAGCCAGAGCAAAGAAAGUGAAAAAUAGCGGAGAUACCCCCUAG